UUUUUUCAAGAGGAAAAAGCGAAAAAAAAUUUAAUGAGGGAAGAGGAGAGGGAAAUAAAUAAAAUACGACUAGCAUUAUCGAAGAUUAGAAUUGACAAUAAAACAAAUUUGUCGCAUAACAGAUUGAUCGAUGUCAUGAUACAUACAAUCCACCGUCAAACUCAUAAACAACCAAAAGAUGAUUUCCGGAAUCCAGUAAUUCACAAGAUAAAUUUUUCAAAAGUUCCAUCUUGCUUGCUUUAUGCUAGGCCAACUUUUGUAUCAUCUAUUCCAACACCCCAACAGCUAUCUGAUAAACAUGAACCGGAAGAUCAGUUGAUAAAUAUGAAUCAUAAAAUCAAAUUUUGA